UGAUAAGUAUACCUUAGCUUUUCUCUUGCCUUACAUUCCAACAACCCUGGGCAAGGCAGGAACUUUGUGGAGAAAAAACAAAAAGACACCUCCUAAGACUUAGGAGAGUGUGGAAAAUAUCUUCUCCAUGGACCUAGCCAAGGAAUCCCUGCAGGCUGGGCAGGGCACAUAACACAAUUGCCUGUACUUUCUUUCCAAAAGGAGAAGGUCAAAAAAGCAAGCAAGCGAAGAAAAAAAGAAGACCACUACUCCAGGCUCAAUGCAGCCCAUCCUGUCAUCAUGGGAGACUAGAAUUCAAAGAUCCAGCAUCCUUCCGACCCUCCUUUUGGUUUUGUCCCAUUGGGCCAAGGAUGCAUGGCUCCCAAGGCUUUUCUUGAUGACCUCCCUGAAUUUUUCACGCUUUUUAGGUCUCCUGGGACCAUGUGGCUUUGGGUUCUGCUUCCUGUGCUACUGGCCGCAGGCGGGAUCAUCGGCUUCUGGGUCGUGUGAGUCGUGAUGGGACCUGGAUGCUUGGGGAUGAAUAGGGGAGGAAUGGUGGUUUGCCAUGGCGGUUGCAAAUGGCUCUGUAAACAUCACAGAAGCAUUUCCGUAUAUCAGCACCUGCGGCGCAUAUCCACCCCAGAGCUGCCUAUUUGGUCAAGUCCUUAAUCUAGGAUCAUUUCUAGGUGUAGUCAUCUGCUUUCUAAAGUACCAACAAGUGCGGGAUUAUGGCUGUCACUCCCGUUUAAAUUUAAUUGGGCUUGUUCUAGGCAUAUUCUGUGCCCUUGGAGCAUCCAUGGUGGGCAAUUUCCAGCAAUCCAACCAGCUAGAAACUCAUUUGUUUGGGGCCUUCUUGGCUUUUGUGGUAGGAAUCCUUUAUUUCUGGAUCCAGACUUUUCUAACCAACCGAGUGAAACCAAGGCAUGGAGGACAGUGGAUUGCGUCUCUCCGGUUCUCCCUCAGCUUUUGUGGCUCAGCCUUCCUCAUUGCCACGGUUUCACUUUUUUAUUUGAAACUUGAUUCCGAGUCAGCCUACUGUGAGUGGGCCCUAGCCAUGGACCUGUUCCUGCUCUUUGGCCUUUUUGCAGUGGACUUCUGGCACAUAGGCACCUGCUCGGUCCAUGUACACCAUCAACGGGCGGACCAGGAAUCCCCAGACAUCCAGGCAUCAACGCAGACUCUAUCGCUCUGAUAACUCUAUGGGAAGAAAGGGCUCUCUGGGAAUCUCCCCAACACUGAUGGACCUCUGGGUUCCCAUUUCUAGUGAAAAAGUCAUGCCUCCUUUCCUCUCACUUUUCAUGGGCAAUACCAGCUGUUUUGAGUGGGAAGGAACAGAAAAUGAAGCAGACGGCCUGGCUGUGUCCUUUUGCAACUCUCUCCAACCGGGACUUCUACUAUCAGAUCAUGUUAAUUUUGCCAAGGAGCAAAAUUACUCCCAACGAUCAUUGUAAGACUCAACUAUGUUCUUCCAAUGACCAAUGAAGGAACCACUAGCUGCCCUCUGUAAGCCAGUAUUUUAAGUGUCAGUUUUAUUUUUUGUUGGCGUCAGCAAAGAGGCGUAUGUCCCACCCUGAAUUCUGUGAUUUUGUUCCCGUUGACUCUGCUGUCAGAAACAAAUUUGGACAAACAAUCCUGGUUACAAAACUCAGCCAAUGGGACCAGCCUUGGAUUUUUUUAAUCUCAUAGAGAGGCCUAGUAAUUCUUUGGAGUUUAUGUGAGAGAUGAUGGGGUUAUUUCAUCUAGUACUUGGACUCAUCACGUUGUAUAGGUGGAGAAGGAAUAGGACAAAACCUCUUUUCCACAGCUUGAUUGAGUUCAAUGGAUCUCGGUGCCACAGAUAUGAUCUGGUCAAUUUACAUUCAUUAUACCAGUUUACCAAAAGAGCCUAAGACUGGUUGUGUUUUCUUACCUACCUCCCAAAGCAUCUACAAACAGAACUGUUAUCCAUUUGAAGCUGCUGCGUAGAAGCAGUGGUUAAGUUGUGCCAUGAAACCCACUCUUGAAGUGAGUGCACAAAGUCCCCCUUUCACUUGUACAUCCUCCUUCAGUGUUGCAUUCCUUCCGUCCAUUUAAUGCCUUGGCAGUGUCAUGUCAACAAAUCCUGUGCGUCCUUCCAUUGCUUUAGAAAUAGUUCCAUAAUCUUCCCCAUUCUGUAUAAAAGAUGGAGUGUAAUUAUCCUAUUAUAGGGAUGGAUGCAAUAUUCAGAACCUCACAUUUUUUAUGUGUUCAGGGGAUUUCCUCAACCUGACUUCUUUCACAAGUGGGGAAAAAAUUGGCUCCUCCUGCCAACCUCAGAUUUUAACUAUUUAUCAUAAUAGGAUUUUUCUUGUCCAAUCUCAUUUGUUUUGUGGGAAGAGCAUUAAUAAACUGAAAGUUGCAGACUGCUGUCCUGUUCACGGAGGAGCGUAUUUGUUGCCCCAAACCAGGACAAAUAAGCUAGAGUUAAUCAUAUUGAAA